AUGGGUUACACCCUCUCCUGUUCUAGAACAGGCAAGGGCGCUACCACUGCCCAGGCUUGAGGGGAGUCUCCUAUCCGGAUGUGACAGCACGAUGACCCGGAAAGGGAGAGGGCCGGAGGAGUGGGACCUCGGCGGCGACUAUGGAGGGAGCCGGUUACAGGGUGGUGUUUGAGAAAGGUGGCGUGUACUUGCACACCAGUGCUAAGAAGCACCAAGACCCGGACUCCCUCAUCGCUGGCGUCAUCCGCGUUGUGGAGAAGGACAGUGAUGUCCUUCUGCACUGGGUUCCGAUAGAGGAGGCUGGCGAUUCCACCCAAAUUCUCUUCUCCAAGAAGGAUGUCAGUGGUGGUGAUUCCUGCACCUCUGAGGAGGAACCGACCUUUGACCCUGGUUAUGAACCCGACUGGGCUGUCAUCAGCACUGUGCGGCCACAGUCUCGUCACUUAGAGCCCACCAGAGGUACAGAGCCCAGUUCCCCUCGGGGCUCCUGGGCCUUCACGGUGAGUCUCGGGGAGCUCAAGUCCAUCCGCCGGUCCAAGCCGGGCCUCAGCUGGGCCUACCUGGUCCUGGUGACCCAGGCUGGGGGCUCCCUGCCUGCCCUGCACUUUCACCGAGGGGGGACCCGCGCCCUUCUCCGGGUCCUCAGCCGCUACCUGCUCUUGGCCAGCUCCCCGCAGGACCCCCGCCUCUACCUUGUCUUCCCCCACGACUCCUCGGCCCUCUCCAGCUCCUUCCAUCACCUCCAGCUCUUCGAUCAGAACAGCUCCAACGUGGUGUCUCGCUUUCUCCAGGACCCUUACUCCACCACCUUCAGCAGCUUCUCCCGUGUGACUAACUUCUUCAGGGGAGCCCUGCAGCCACACCCAGAGGGGGCCUCCCCUGACCUUCUUCCACCCCCUGAUGACGAGCCGGAGCCUGGGUUUGAGGUCAUUUCCUGUGUGGAGCUGGGGCCGCGGCCGGCCGUGGAGCGGGCACCUCCGCUCACCGAGGAGGAGUGGGCCCACCAUGUGGGCCCCGAGGGCCGCCUGCAGCAGGUCCCCGUGCUGAAGGCCCGCAUCUUCUCCGGGGGUCUGAGCCCUGGCCUGAGGCGCGAAGCUUGGAAGUUCCUCCUGGGGUACCUCAGCUGGGAGGGCUCAGCCGAGGAGCAUAAGGCCCAUGUGCGCAAGAAAACGGAUGAGUACUUCCGAAUGAAGCUGCAGUGGAAAUCCGUGAGCCCCGAGCAGGAGCGGAGGAACUCACUGCUGCACGGUUACCGCAGCCUCAUCGAGAGAGACGUCAGCCGCACUGACCGGACCAACAAAUUCUAUGAGGGCCCCGAGAACCCGGGGCUGGGCCUGCUGAACGACAUCCUUCUCACCUACUGCAUGUACCACUUUGACCUUGGUUACGUCCAGGGCAUGAGUGACCUCCUCUCCCCGAUCCUCUACGUCAUUCAGAACGAGGUGGAUGCUUUCUGGUGUUUCUGUGGCUUCAUGGAGCUCGUGCACGGGAACUUCGAGGAGAGUCAGGAGACGAUGAAGCGGCAGCUCGGACAACUGCUGCUGUUGCUGCGGGUGUUGGACCCGCAGCUCUGCGACUUCCUGGAUUCCCAGGACUCUGGCUCCCUCUGCUUCUGCUUCCGGUGGCUGCUUAUCUGGUUCAAGAGGGAAUUCCCCUUCCCAGAUGUCCUUCGGCUGUGGGAGGUGCUGUGGACAGGGCUCCCUGGCCCCAAUCUGCACCUGUUGGUGGCCUGUGCCAUUCUGGACAUGGAGCGUGACACCCUCAUGCUUUCUGGCUUCGGCUCCAAUGAGAUCCUCAAGCACAUCAACGAGCUGACCAUGAAGCUGAGCGUGGAGGACGUGCUGACGCGGGCGGAGGCCCUCUACCGGCAGCUGACCGCCUGCCCUGAGCUGCCCCACAACGUGCAGGAGGUCUUGGGUCUGGUGCCCCCUGCAGAGCCCCAAAGUCCCUCGCCCCCUACCUCUCCACUGCCUCUCUCACCCAGCCGGGCCCCACCGGCCCCACCGCCCCCCGAGGACACAGCCCCGCAGCCCGACAGCAGCCUGGAGAUCCUGCCGGAGGAGGAGGAAGAGGAAAGCGCAGAGUCCUAACCCCCGGGGCCGGCUGGCCCGCCCAGCACAGUUGUCCUCGUGUAGGUGGAGGAAGGAGGCUGCCUCUUUGGCAUGGACCCGCACGGGGAGGGGGUGGUGGCUCGUGGUCCCUUUUGGACGGGCGGUGGAGCCGACACCUGACCACGUGAUCCUGAUCCAGCCAAUGAGACGGAAGAGAAGGCCCCCUGUGGGCCGGUGGAGGUAGGGCCCUGACCCCUUCCUGGAUCUGGGGCGUUUGGAGGACUGAGGAUGUGGUGCUGGGGUAUGGCCGCCCCCAGUGCUGUGCGGGGACACAUCCCGGACAUAACCGAGAUGGAAGGGCCUGCAGAGCUGUUCAGACGCUCUGGGGACUCUGCUUACCAGCUUCUUGUUAUGUGAACAAAAAAAUAAAUUCGUGUUUAACCUAC